GGCUGUCAGCAAGAAAAGGAAACCACAACACUGGUCAUGUUCUGAAUUCUGCACAUCUUCACCGAAAUCAAGCCAUGUAACCACAGCAUGCUGUGUAUUUUAUUAAUCUUGAUCGUGUAAAAUUUAACACUAUAAUAAUAUGGCCCUGGUUGUGAUCUGUGUGAGGCAGAAGGAGAGAAAAAAGUGAAUGUAACAAAGUGCACCAGACCGCAUUCUGCUCUAGUGCUACUUCUCACUCGUAUCGGCAGCUCUACAUCAUAGACACCUGGCUGAAGGCAGUUUCCGUGCGCUCUCAUUGUAGCAGCACACCACAAGGUCGUGUGGACUCCAUGACACUCAGGAUGGUGACAUUUAAGGACUGAAAUGAUAUGAUGCUGAGCUCUUAUUCAGAUCUCUACAAGGAAUGCGUGGAUCUGCCAGACCUGUCCACUUAGGGGAAACAAUAUGUCCUCUCUCAAAACUACAGAAACCCCGAAAUGUGCUGCUCUGGACACUAACCACUACAUUCUCAUUGGCAUCUCUGUUGUCACCGUUUUAAUCACACUUUUGUUUGGCAUUGUGUGCUUCAAAAAAUAUCGAUCUCUGAGUAAGACCAUACAUCAACUUGGACGGGGAAAAUCCGUGACUGUUCCUGCUGAAGACUCCGCUCCUCUUUCUCCCACGUCUCCUCAAUCUUUGUUUGUGAUGCCAUCGUUAGACAGUUCGGCGGAAACGCGGCAACAUAGACAGAAAAGCAGUGUUCGUUUAAUGUGGAGAGCUCCGCAACAGAACCCACAGAUUGCAAGGACGGACCUGAACCUGAUACAGCUGAUCAAAGCUGGGAGGGAAGGGGCUUUCUACAAAGCGAGGAUGUUGCGGGGAACCUGCAAAGGUCACUCAUUUGUUACCUGCAAGAUUGCAAAAGAAGGAGUCACUUCAAAGCAAAUGGAGACUGAAGUUUCUAUUAUGAGGAAGCUGGUGUAUCAUAAAAAUGUACUUCAGCUGCUGGACUGGAACAUGGCUGAGGAGCCCUUCAUGUUGAUCAUGGAGUUUGUGAGCCAUGGGACUCUGCGCAGCUUUCUGCAGACACAUCAUGACAAGCUGAGCGCUGAUGCUGAGAUCCAGAACCUUUUCGCUAUCACCUCCUAUCACAUCGCUCUGGCCAUGGAACACUUACGCUCCAAAAUGGUGGUACACUGUGACCUUGCUUUAAGGAAUAUUCUGGUGAGCCGGUUCCCCUGGGAAAUCAAAGUGGCAGAGUUUGGUCUGGCCAAAGACUUGACUCGUAUGAGAAGUAGACGAAGCACCACGAAAAAACACCAGAGGGAUCGAGUGCCCUUGCGCUGGUAUCCUCCUGAAUAUUUCCGGAACAGCUACUACAGCUUCAAGGGGGACGUGUGGGCUUUUGGUAUUGUGUUAUGGGAAAUGCAGACAUUUGGCAGUCUGCCCUAUCCCAAUUUGGAGACUUCAGAUCAAGUGGUGUAUCACAUUUGUGCUGGAACCAGAAAUAUAGGGCCUGACAGCUGCAGACCAGAGAUACUGCAGAUAAUGAAAGACUGCUGGGUGGAGCCUUAUACAGCCAGACCAUCCUUUUCUGAGCUUGUCAGAACCUUGGAGAGCAUCAUUGAGGAUGAUGCAGAUUACGUGGAUGUUGUAGACCAAAGACCUAAGAGUGUAGCAGAAGAAUUUUCAACAUUAUAAUCCAGUUGGAGUCUAAAUGCAUAUUAAGUCUUUAUCAGAGUCUUUUCCUGCUGUCAGGAGUCACCUAUUUGCACUAAUAACGCUGCGGCUGGAUGUCUGUCAAGCAUCCACUUCAUACUGGAAAACCAUGCAAUUUGAAGCUUUGCCGUUCAUUUUAACAGACUGGUUCAUUUUAGCACUCCAUGUACAAAAUAAAAGUCUCCAUCAGUGACCUUAUUUUGUGCCUGCAUGAACACAACAAAUGAACUCUGGCUCCUUUAAAGUGAAUUGUGCUCAGACCACACUUAAAGAUGGCUUUAGAAUGGUUUAUUCUUUGGUUCACUUGAUUCAAGUCAAGAAGCUUCUAUUGUCAUUUCAGCCAUAUAUAGCUGUUGCAGUACACAGUGAAAUGAGAUGUUUCUCCAGGUUUAUGGUGCUACAUAAAACAUAGAGCUAAGGACUUAGUAAGUACUCCUAGCCACAUAAAGUGCAUCUGUGCAAACAGUGCAGGACAAGACAGAAAGACAGUACAGGACAAAAGACAGUGCAAACAAAAAAUACAAGACAAUACACAAAAGACAAUACACAGAAAGUGCCGACCAGUGUAAAUACUGUUCAAACGAUUAUUAAUAUUGUGCAGAAAUACUGGAAUGAACACAGUAUUAUAGCAGCACUAUAAUACACUGUUUAUGCUCCAUUCCCCUCAUGCUGCUUCUCACCAUGCUUUUUAGCUCCACUAUAAUAAUUCUGUAUCUCCAAGUGCUAAUGCUUUAUGUCAUGUAAAUAAAGUGGUCGGUGUUUGCUUGCUGAUUGUA